CCCAUUCGAAAUUUCUUGUUUUGCAAUCUAAUGCGGGAUUCUUGAUAUGGGAUUGUAAAUCAUCUUUUUUUCACUAUGGCAGAACAAUCAAUUGGAAUUCAUUUUCCAGAGCCCUACUUGAAGAAAGACGGAACAUUCACUCAGGGAGUGAAUUUCGCAGUUGCUGGUGCUACAGCCUUGCCUUCAGAAGUGCUGGCCAAAAAAGGGGUUCUAAGCCCAUCUACCAAAUCUUCCCUCAGUAGACAACUUGAGUGGAUGUCUGCGCAUUUCAAUACCCCCUGUUCCUCUCCCCAAGAAUGUUCUAAAAAGCUCAAGAAAUCCCUUUUCAUGGUUGGGGAGAUUCAAGGGAAUGACUAUAACCAUCCCUUCUUUCAAGGAAAAACCUUUGAGGAGGUCAAGGCCUUUAUGCCUGAGGUUAUCCACGCUAUCAAAGAUGAUGUUACUAGGGUCAUUGUUCAUGGUGCUUCUUGGGUAGUUGUCCCUAGAAACUUUCCAAUAAGUUGUUUACGGAGCUGCCUUACACUUUUUCAGACCAAUAACACUUCUGCGUACAACAAAUACCAUUGUCUUAAGUACUUGAAUGAAUUAUCAAUGGAUCACAAUAAGUACCUUCAACAAGCCAUUGAACAACUUAGAGUAGAACACCCUAAUGUGAUUUUGGUAUAUGGCGACUACAAUGCAGCAUUCAUAUGGCUUCUUGACAAUGCUGCAUAAUUUGAUGAGUUUUCUCUUCAUAACUAAAUUCAAAAUUUUUCU